CAAAUUAAAUUAAUUCCUCCGUGACCUAAAGAGUGACCGUUCCCGUUCACCACCGCCGCAAAAGCUUGUGGCUACCUACAGAGCUUCUAGGCUUUUAACGUUCUUCACGAAAAUUCUCCGAUGGGAGUUCCGUCGUUCUACAGAUGGUUAAUCCAGAGGUAUCCAUUGAUUAUACAAGAAGUCAUUGAAGAAGAACCACUCGAAGUUAAUGGCGGCGUCACGAUUCCAAUCGAUACAAGUAAACCUAAUCCUAAUGGUUACGAGUAUGAUAAUCUCUAUCUCGACAUGAACGGAAUCAUUCAUCCAUGUUUCCAUCCUGAAGAUAAACCUUCUCCUACUACGUUUACGGAGGUGUUUCAAUGUAUGUUCGAUUACAUUGAUAGGCUUUUUGUUAUGGUUCGACCUCGGAAGCUCUUAUUCAUGGCUAUUGAUGGUGUUGCUCCAAGAGCUAAAAUGAAUCAACAGAGAGCUAGACGAUUUAGAGCUGCGAAAGAUGCAGCUGAAGCAGCAGCUGAAGAAGAGCAGCUGCGGGAAGAGUUUGAGAGAGAAGGGAAGAAAUUGCCUCCUAAAGUAGAUUCUCAAGUUUUUGACUCUAAUGUUAUAACUCCUGGAACAGAGUUCAUGGCUACUCUGUCGUUUGCGUUGCGAUACUACAUUCACGUUAGACUAAAUUCUGAUCCUGGGUGGAAAAAUAUUAAGGUUAUACUUUCGGAUGCUAAUGUUCCUGGUGAGGGGGAACACAAGAUCAUGUCAUACAUUCGUUGUAAUAAGAACCAUCCUGGUUAUAACCCAAACACUCAUCAUUGCCUAUAUGGUUUGGACGCCGAUUUGAUCAUGCUGUCUUUGGCCACCCACGAAAUUCAUUUUUCAAUCCUUCGUGAGGUUGUUUUCUUUCCUGGAGAGGAAGACAAAUGCUUCUUGUGUGGUCAAGUUGGGCACCGAGCAGCAGAUUGUGAGGGAAAGAUGAAGAGGAAGGCAGGAGAAAUGCUUGAUGAUACUGAGGCAGAUGUUGUGGUGAAGAAGCCAUACGAGUUUGUCAAUAUAUGGAUACUUCGAGAGUAUUUGGAACACGACAUGCAGAUUCCUAACCAGCGAUCGAAAAAAAAUUUGGACCGCUUAAUUGAUGACUUCAUCUUCAUUUGUUUUUUCGUUGGGAAUGAUUUCCUGCCACAUAUGCCUACGCUAGAGAUACGGGAGGGUGCUAUAGAACUGCUGAUGUCUGUGUACAAGAAUAAAUUUAGAUCAGCAAAAAAAUACUUGACCGAUUCAAGCAAGCUGAACUUAAGAAAUGUGGAGCGUUUCAUCAAAGCCGUUGGGACCUAUGAAAAUCAGAUAUUUCAGAAGAGAGCACAAGUACAACAGAGGCAAUCAGGAAGGUUUAUUCGUGACAAAGCUCGUGAAAAAGCUCGUGACAGUGUUCAAGCAAGCAGAAAAUUCUCUGGCAAGUUGGUGCAAUUAGAUUCUCUAGAUGAAGUGUCUGAUUCAUUGCAUUCCUCACCUCCACGAAAACAUUUGCGUUUGUCUUUGGAUAAUAACAUUGGUGUGGCGAAUGUUGAAACAGAAAAUAGCUUCAAAGCUGAAGAACUAGAUAACGGAGAAGACUUAAAGUUUAAGCUUAAGAAACUGCUGCGGGAUAAAUCUGAUGUGUUCAGCUCAGGAAAGGGAGAACAAGAUAAGGUUAAGCUAGGUGCAACAGGAUGGAGGGAAAGAUACUAUGAAGAGAAAUUCACAGCUAAGUCUGCUGAGGAAAUGGAACUAAUACGCAGAGAUGUUGUUUUGAAGUAUACCGAAGGUCUUUGUUGGAUAAUGCAUUAUUAUUAUCAUGGUGUUUGUUCCUGGAACUGGUUUUAUCCAUAUCAUUACGCACCUUUCGCAUCAGAUCUCAAGGGCCUUGAUAGCCUAGAUAUUAAGUUUGAACUAGGUUCCCCGUUUAAACCUUUCAAUCAACUUCUGGCUGUUCUUCCAUCUGCAAGUGCACAUGCUCUCCCGCAGUGCUAUAGGACAUUGAUGACAGAUCCAGCUUCGCCUAUAGCUGAUUUUUAUGCUGCUGAUUUUGAGAUUGACAUGAAUGGAAAACGCUACUCUUGGCAGGGUAUAUCGAAACUGCCUUUUGUUGACGAAAGGCGUCUUCUGGAGGCAGCUGCACUAGUGGAGAAAUCACUGACGAACGAAGAAAUUCGAAGAAACAGUGUGUUGUUUGACAUGCUGUUUGUUGUUGCAUCUCAUCCCCUUGCUGAACUCAUCCGUUCUCUUAAUAGCCGUACCAACAACUUGAGCAAUGAAGAACGAGCAACUAUCAUCGAGAAAAUUGACCCUGGACUAAGUGAUGGGAUGAAUGGUUACAUAGCUUCAUGUGGUGGAGAUAGUCAGCCUCCAUGUUUCAGCUCCCCAGUCGAGGGCAUGGAAGAUGUUUUAGCCAAUCAUGUCAUUUGUGCUAUAUACAAACUUCCAGAUGAUAUCAGAGGCAGCGAGAUUACUCAUCAAAUUCCAACAUUGAAAAUCCCUAAAAAGACUAUACAUCUAGUGGAUUUGAAAGCUGAAGGUCUUCUAUGGCAUGAAGAUGGUGACAGAAGACGAGCUCCUUCAAAAGUUAAAAAAAUCAAGAGGUAUAAUCCAGAAGGAUCUAUUUCUGGGAAUAGGCUUGGGAAGGCAGCACACAGGCUUGUGUUGCAAACAAUAAAUGCCCAACCUGAUAGUACGCACAUCAACUCGGAACCAGCGUUGUGUCCAAAUACUAUUUUCCAGAACCAACGAGUGCCGAAAAGAAUCCCAGCAUUUCGAGAAAAUGGGAUACAAUGGAUAAGCCCUCCGACUCAAAUCACUCCGAAGAAGAUGAAAAGCCUUGAAAGUCAAAAGACUAGGAAGAAGAAUGAUACCCCUCAGAGUCGAGACAAAUCGAAGAAGCUGAAAAGCUCUCUGAAAGUAAUCCCUUUAAAUAUGAAGAAAACUAAAAACCCUCAGAGAGAUUUCACUCGGGGGAAGAAGAAGGAAAACAUAACCCCUCAAAGGAAACCCACUAAGGCGGAGAGGCAGGCGAAACACAUUCGCAUGAUGGAAGAGGCGAAAAGGAUAAAAGAGAGGAAAAAAGAGAAGUAUUUAAGAAAGAAAGCCAAAUAUGCACAAAAGGAUCCCAACACAGCUUGAGCUUCAUCGUGAACUCUUACUCGAUCAACUUAAACAAUGUGCUAGAAUAUAAUUAAGAAAACAAAGGAGCAGUUCGGAUAAUGCAUUGAUGUGAUAGGUUAUUUUGGUGGAUCUAAACAGUUUUGCUACUCAUCUUCUUGUAAUUCAGACAUGUGAUUUAGCGAUCAAUGUAAUUUUAUUUAUUUCAGAGGCUACCUAAAAUGACCAAAGCAAGGGUCCGUUGUACUUUAGUUGGUGUAAGGGAGAUCAAAUAAACCCUCUGGUUUGAGUUUGUCAUAGUCAAUUAGCUAUCUUGUUUUAUCUA